UUUGAAUAUUUUCUUUGCGUUAGUUGAUUGCGUGCAAACUGAUAGCGCGAGCGCACCCUCAGAACACUGAUAGACUUUAACUAGUACAUCAGUGUAGACCUUGCAGUUGGGUGCAUCACGAUCAAAAAUUCAAGUAAAAUCGGCCACUCGCGAGGUCGGCGGGAACCAAUAUUGACUUCGUAUGAACGUAAAGCGUGCCGCGCCUUCGAGAUCAUACACGUGACGCCGGAAUAAAACAAGAUGUCCAUUUUGUCGGGAGCAAGAUGUGCCCGCCCUGCCGGGCGCAGAUCUGCGGGAAGCUGUGCUGCUUAUUCUUCCAUCCUCUUUCUCGAGAUGACCACUGCUGUACUAAUGGUGUCGGCCAUGAUGCAAGGUCAACAUAAAGCGGAUCCUUCUCCUGUUGCGCGUCAGGAUUUAACGAGUGGUGCUUGUUCGACGACAACUGCGCAGGACGUCGUGGAUGAAAUAAGCCAGGACUUUGGCAACAGCAAGAAUCUCUCGUUUUUGCAAGCGGACGAGGACGCGCUGCGCGAAUUGUAUCACACAGAAAAAAACUGGCAGGUCAUUACUAUCUAUUAUAUUCAUGCGAAAAAAGAGGUCUACAGAGGGUCGAAGGGAGGUGGCCGAGAGGUCAAAAAGAGGUCAACAGAGGUCAAAAAGAGGUCGACAGAGGUGGAGAGGUGGCGCGGGAGGUCGUUCGGGAGGAUGGCCGAGAGGUGGCGCGGGUAUAGCCAGCCGAACCGUUCGCCCUAAAGCCGCGCCUAUGGGGCCCGGAGGUGGCCGAGAGGGUCCCGAGAGGGUAAGCGAGAGGGGGGCAGAGGUGCCGAGAGGUUGCGCGAAUAAGGGGGAACCUCCCGCGGACCCACUGGGCCACCUCUCGGCCACCUCUGUAGACCUCUACCGGCGAGUAUAGCCGGACUAUUAGCAACACCUCUCCGAAGAGGUGAAAAAGAGGGUCUGCGAGAGGGGUAGAAAAACCCGAAUCCGCCCGGCGCAAGGCUGAUUCUUUUCCGGCCCUUUCAUGCAGAGGGCCUGAACCCUCUCGCGCCACCCUCUCGCGCACCCUCUCGCGCCACCCUCUUGCGCCACCCUCCCGUGCUUCUGUUCGCCUCCGGUGUCCUUUGCAGCUGCUCCUUGCGCAGAGCGCCCACAGGCGCGGGAAGCGCGCAAGUGGUCCUGCGGGUUGGCGCCGCGCAAACAGGCGGCAGGACUCCAGUAAGUAUGAUGUUUCAUUGUGCAUAUUAGACCUGUGGCAUUGUGGCCCGAUCCGCAAAUAGUCCUGCCCAGCCCCAGCAACAGCCUUGCGCUCCGGCGUUAGCCGGAGCAUGGCUGGUAUUUGUAAUGCAAAAAUGAAUAGACAAGAAAACUUUGCAUACCCGAAAUAGCAUGCUACGAGGUCGCCCAUGACAGAUUUUUCUGUGUAUUUAUUUUUUAAUGCAAAAAUGAAUAGACAAGAAAACUUGUAUUGCAUACCCGAAAUAGCAUGCUACGAGGUCGCCCAUGACAGGUUUUUCUGUGUAUUUAUUUUUGCAUUACAAAUUACCAGCCAUGCCCCGGCUGACGCCGGGGCGCAAGGCUGUUGGGGCGGGGCAGGACUAUUUGCGGAUCAGGCCGCAGCGACAGGGCUUUACAGACAGCGUGACAGAUCGAAGGAAGUGCUGGCGCCGGUUUGCGCCCUGUCAACCCGCAGGGCCUCCUGCGCGCUUCCCGCGCCUUCAGGCGCUAUGCGCAGGGAGCAGCUACAGCGAAGCUUGGGGGCGAAGAGAAGCCGCCUCGGCAUCGGUGCCGAAGCACAACUGGGACCGCGCUGCCCUUUGUUGAUCACACACACACCCGCCCCCGCCCAACUGGCUUCCCGGCGGAAACUGUUGGCGCGAGCGGUUAGCGCGAGAGGGUGGCGCGAGAGGGUGCGCGAGAGGGUAGCGCGAGAGGUGUGGGCCUGCGCCAUGAAACAGCCCCAGCAAAAUCGGCCUCGUGCCGGGCGGAUUCGGGUACUUUUUACCCUCUCGCAGGCCCUCUUUUUGACCUCUCCCGAGAGGUGUUGCUAAUAGUCCGCCUGUACUCGCCGGCAGAGGUCUACGGAGGUGGCCGAGAGGUGGCCCAGAGGGUGCGCGAGAGGUUCCCCCUUAUUCGCGCAACCUCUCGGCACCCCUGUCCCCCUCUCGCUUACCCUCUCGGCCACCUCCGGGCCCCAUAGGCGCGGCUUUAGGGCGACCGGUUCGGCGGGCUAUACUCGCGCCACCUCUCGGCCACCCUCCCGAAUGACCUCCCGCGCCACCUCUCCACCUCUGCCGACCUCUUUUUUACCUCUUUUGACCUCUUUUUGACCUCUCGGCCACCUCUCUUCUAUCCUCUGUAGACCUCUUUUUUCGCAUGAAUAUAAUAGAUAGUAAUAUGCCCUGCCAGCUUUUUUCUGUGGGAUAAAUUGGCCAGGAUAAACAAGCAGAAAAUGGAAAAGCAGAUCGCCGUAUAAAAUGUAAAAAUGUCUGGGUCUGGAAAAAUGCAAGUUUGUCAUGCUUGUCUGGCAUGGCUCUUAAAUCUGUCAUGCACAUUACCAAAGAGCCCCGCUUUUCUGUCAUGCAGAAACGUAGUUUGUCAUGCAGAAUAGGCAACACCUAGAAGCUCAGAAACUUGUCAUGCUGAGCCAGCAAUUGUGGCCUCCUCAUGAUAUGCCACCCAGCAUCACAAGUUUCCCGACCCAGACAUUUUUACAUUUGAUACGCCGGGAAUAUUUCCGGCUGCGACGACGUCUUGAUUUCCUAUCUGGAAAGCAGCGUGGACCUGCAAGAGUUCUGUCUGGCUGAACCUGAAUCUGGCUCGGCGAUGAAAAAGAAGAAAAAGAAAAGCGAGGAAGAAUUGAACACGCUGGAAAAAUUUAUCGAAGCGCAAGACCUUGACAUCGUAACAAAGAAAAGUGGAUCCGGGCUGGCAAAAUACCAUGUGCCGAUGACGAAAGCAUUCGCGGAGAAUGUGCUCGGCUGCUACGCCGGCUUCAAGUCCUACAUGGAGCCGGGAAUUGUUCCUCGUGCAUCAAGAAGAAGUGUGUCGCCUAGAAGUCACCACCAACAGCUUGAGGGCGAUCGUGAAGUAGAAGAUGGAUUAUAUCGUGCUGGUCUCAACACGGAAUCUACUUCAUCAGCGCGAACUCCUGCAGAUGGGUUUGGUUUUUCUCAGAAAAGCAACGACGAUGCCGAUGGCCCCAUCGCUGAGGUGGGGGAGACGACAACCAUUCGUCGGCUAAAGUCAGCAGAGGAUUAUGCUAACUUCCUGCUCGACGUGGUGCAGGAAACGCAGAAACGGCAACGACAAGUGGAUGCGGGCGCUGCAGGAGAGGACGACGUCACGUCCCAAAAAUUGAAAGACCGCCGGGAAUCAGUCGCGGCGGACGCACGCGCAGCGCUCGAGUUUAUUCUCGCUGAUGGGAUGUUGAAGAGCAACACGCAGGACAAGGGAGGCGAACGAAAUAAAGCACUACACCCCCGGCGAGCGAAAAGCACUAGACCGUCGCGGCCGACGACGAGCAUGAGCGCAAGAGGGUCGUCCCGAGCGCAGCAGGAGGGAAGAUCGUUGUCUCUCGCCCGAGGGAGGAAGCGUCCUCGCGCCAGGAGUGGAAGUCCUCGGAGCAGGGGUACUAGUUCCUCGCAGAAUGAUGUUGAUUUGCCGGCCUUGGAGCAUCAAAUUCAUAACCAAGCGGGGAACUCUACUAGCAUGUCUGGAGCUCCUUCUACAGUGACGCCUGGAACAAGUGCGUCGUCCACUGUCGUCACGGAAGUGGAGCCUUCUAAGCGAGAGCUAAGGAACCCGUUUCUGUUUGUCCCGUUGCAGAUGAUGCGGACCGAGCUGGAAGAAAAGGUGGCUGGAGUCGUGCGUGGCCUCGGCGAAGAUAAAACUCAUCGUCGUGGGCUGGUGUAUAAGGUUCUGAUUGAGUCCGACGUGACCACUGAAAAAAACGGUGCCAUGUCGGGGGGUUGGGCGGAUCAAGUGCGAAACAAUGUCUGUCCCAGUCAAGCGCUGCUCGACCACUCGGAUACAGCGGACAAUAAAAAACUUCGCCCCGACCGCCUGCGCUGGGCCAUGUUGGUGUGCAAAAGUGACCUGUGGACGCUAGUGCAACUGUACGAACAGAACCCGGGCCUGGUCUUGCGCGCACGUGCCGUCGAAUUUUUGCAGUCGGGCGGUGUUGAUAUCAGCAAAAUGCUCGCCGUUGAGAACAAGGAGAUACAGUUCAAAAGAGAGUUUUUCCGCUCGCAGAAGGAGCUGGAUCAAUUGACGGAAAUAUUAAUCGCAUUGCUGAAGCUAAUGAAAGUUUUAUCGGAUGACGAAGCGCUUGUCGUGACUUCCACAGGGAGUACUGAGCACUGGAAUAUUUUUGAGGAGGAAAAUCCGGCGCAACAAGAAGGAGAAGCAACUCACGCAGCUCUCGUCCUCGGCAAAAAUAACGACUUGGCUGUCAUGCUGAAGGACUUUGCGGGCUCUGGAAGUGAGUCGGGGAGCACGGUAGUUAUGAUGUCGCAGCUGUUCACUGAGGAGCCCGAGCUAAAGAUGGUGAUCGGGUCUCCGGUGUUGCAGGCGACGGCAAAGCGGCUUGAGGAGGUGCGAGCAUCUUUCGCUUUCCUGCAGCACGAGUUCCGCCGCACGCUUUGUGACGGCGCGCUGAAAGACGCCCCGGCCACGGACAUGCUCUUUCACACCGAUGGCUCCUCUCCUCCCGCCUCGUACAUCGUCCCCGAGUGGCGCUUGUUUGGCAACUACGAAAACGGGUGGACAGUGAAGGACCCGCUCGCCGGAAGAGUAAUGGCCGAAAAACUGGGGCUACCUGACGAGGGUAUUCCCUACAAACAGCGGGAGACUGAAGAAUAGUUGGACAGCACGCUAGCUUCCGAGCUGGACCAGUUUUUCUCGCAGCACCCGGAACACAGAAACACGCUGCCGACUUCUAGUACAUAUGAACAAGCCGGGAGAACGAGCUCCAGCGCAGAUCAGCAUGUGAUGCGUUAGGCUGAAGUACUUAUUGAAAUUCGAAGCUUUGCGAUUUUAGCGCUGGACUGUGUCGUCCUGCUAGAACGGAUUUGAUAACCGAGGGCUAUGUUCGUUCCAUAUUCUCCUCAGAUUAAUUUCCAACAAAAACAUCACUGUCUGCUCGUGGAUAUGCAUAUGUUUGCUUUGAUGUGUUGGAGUCUUAUGUGUCGGUUUUGGUAUUUUCAUUACUUACAUAUGAACAAGACGGGAGAACGAGCUCCAACGCACAGCAAAAGAAGUAAGUAAACCGAUUACUGUGCUGCCGGAAAAGUUUCCCGACUUUGACCUCGACAGAACUGGGCUGGAUGUUGGCCUGAAUCAGGAUGAGAAGGAUAUCUAUUUAGGCACUACAAGGUUAUAAGCUUAAAUUUACUUAUAGAUCUGGCGUCUGACCUGCGGGCGGCUGGAGAAUGCAAGAAAGACUUUCUGGAAAAACUAAAGAACGAAGAGACCAAGCACAUGCAAACCGAAAACAAAGAGGGAUAGAUAUAAAAAGCACUACGUGUAUAAUUUUUGAUUUAUUUAAAGGUAAAAGACUACAAGAAAACACUAAGGGAUAGAGCGUAGAAACGACAUCGAGGAUUUUUUCGGAUCACGUCGUACCUAGGGCGACUGUGUUUCAAAAAAUGUAAAUCUCGAUCGGUCGGUACUCGCUGGAGGUAAUGUUCACAUCAAAAACGCAAAUCUUUAACGCUGUACCAACCGGCGCAGAAUAGAAUUCACAGCGAAAUGACAGGUUUUUGCUGUCAUGCGAGAUGAGAUAUUUGUCAUGCUAAUCCUCCAAGAGAGUUUGUUGCGCCUACAAUCUUUUUUGUCUGGAUACGCUUCCGAGCUGGACCAGUUCUUCUUGCAGCACCCGGAGCACAGAAACACGCUUAUCAAAACGAAAAAUCCCCCCUCCCCAUAUCAAAAGGAAGUUUCUGAUGCUGGAUUUGCGUACACAAAUCAGCUUUGUAUUGCAGAGAGGCAUUGCGGGCAGAUCUCCAGGCUAGAUAGGGGCGUAUGUGUGUAGUUGCUCAGCAUGGCAAACGGCUCCCCUUUAGACCCAACAGCAUGACAAAUAGCCUCCAUAAUGGGGCGAAAGCUCCUGCCCUGGUCUUCUUGCAAGACAAAUAUGAUUUGUGACCUCAAAUCAGCAACACAAGUUUUCCAAGUCAUACCUUUUCAAUAUGGGGAGGGGGGAUUUUUCCUUUCAAUAACGCUGCCGACUUCUAGUACAUAUGAACAAGACGGGAGAACGAGCUCCAACGCACAGCAAAAGAAGUAAGUAAGCCGAUUGCUGUGCCGGAAAAGUUCCCCGACUUCGACCUCGACAGAACUGGGCUGGAUGUUGGCCUGAAUCAGGAUGAGAAGGAUAUCUAUUUAGGCACUACAAGGUUAUAAGCUUAAAUUUACUUAUAGAUCUGGCGUCUGACCUGCGGGCGGCUGGAGAAUGCAAGAAAGACUUUCUGGAAAAACUAAAGAACGAAGAGACCAAGCACAUGCAAACCGAAAACAAAGAGGGAUAGAUAUAAAAAGCACUACGUGUAUAAUUUUUGAUUUAUUUAAAGGUAAAAGACUACAAGAAAACACUAAGGGAUAGAGCGUAGAAACGACAUCGAGGAUUUUUUCGGAUCACGUCGUACCUAGGGCGACUGUGUUUCAAAAAAUGUAAAUCUCGAUCGGUCGGUACUCGCUGGAGGUAAUGUUCACAUCAAAAACGCAAAUCUUUAACGCUGUACCAACCGGCGCAGAAUAGAAUUCACAAUGUAAAUCACAAACCGCAUGGUAUGACGUUAACAAAUCUGUAAUGCAAAUUUCGAAGAACCCACAGCACAAAAUCGGAACAUAACUUUUUUUACAAAUCGUAGAUGAAAAUGCAACUCAAAGAAAUCGGCUC